AUGGACGGAAGAAAUUCAUCUCUGUUUGUGAACUUCGUAUUGAAAGGACUGCCAUGUGUUGAUGAACUACAAGUACCUCUGUUUGUAUUUCUCUGUAUCCUCUACACCUCCACAUUGGUGGGAAAUGUUCUCAUUAUUGGAGUGGUUAAAGGCACUCGCUCUCUUCAUACCCCCAUGUAUUUCUUUCUUGCUAACCUUUCCUUUUUGGACAUUUGCUUGUCUUCUGUGACUUUACCCAGGUUACUUGCAAAUGUUUUAUCUAUGAAGACGAUUCCCUUUGGUCAGUGUGUAUCACAGUUAUACUUCUUCCAUUUCCUAGCAAGUGCUGAGUGUUUCCUGUACACAGUCAUGGCAUACGACAGGUUUGCAGCUAUAUGUCGUCCUUUGCAUUAUAGCAGCAUCAUGAGCUGGAAAGUGUCUAUGUGCCUUGCUUUUGGGGCCUGGUUAGCUGGUUCUCUGCAUUCAAUCACUCAUACAGUACUCACUUUUCACCUUCCGUUUUGUCAUUCCAAUGAAAUAGAUUACUUCUUUUGUGAUAUUAUCCCAGUGCUGAAACUAGCAUGUGCAGACACAACACUGAAUAAAACUAUGAUAUUGGCCAACAUUGCCUCCAUCUCCCUAAGCUGCUUCAUCCUAAUCAUGAUUUCCUAUAUACACAUCAUUGCAGCCAUAAUGAGAAUUAAAACUGCAGACGGGAGGAACAAAGCCUUCUCUACUUGUGUAUCUCAUGUUAUGGUGGUGACAUUAUUUUAUGUUCCUUGUGUAUUCACUUACAUGCGUCCAGACUCUGGCUCUUCCUUUGAUAUGGCUGCAGCUGUAUUUUAUACAUUAAUCACUCCUUCCCUAAACCCCAUUAUCUAUAGUCUGAGGAACAAGGAGGUAAAGGAAGCUCUGAAAAAAAUAUUGCUUUGA